UGCAAACUUUUUCUUUUGAGUUGCAUUCGUUGUUCGAAAAAAUAAAAGGCGCUAAAAAUUUUUUAUUCUUCUGAAUAUUUAAAAGAAAUUUUUGUAUUUUCUAAAGUGAUUAAAACAUGAAAUUAUUAUUGUUUCUUUGUGUCUUUUAUCAUAUUUCAUGGACAGUAGUAUCCAGACGUGGUUUUUUUAUUAAAAAUGCAGCACCUUGUCCACAAAAUAUGGCUCGCUACAUUGAUGAAACGAAUCAUUCCAUCACAUUUUGCGACUGCAAAGAAACAUUUUUAUAUUUUCCUGAAAAUGAUUUUUGUUACGAUUCUUAUAGGCAAGGUCCUUGUCCUUCUGAACAGUAUCUAACACUUGCUCCAGGGGAAAAUGUUGCAAAAUGCGAAAAAAAUCCUUGCUUAUUAGAUGGUCUUGUUCCAUUCGAUGAUAACUGUUACUUCCUCUGGAAAUCUGAAUUGCCUUGUGAAAAAAUGUUUCAUAAAUUAAUAGUUAACACAAGUACAUUUAAAAUAGAAUGCAAUCAAGGAAGUUAUAAUGGCGAUUAUUCAACUUUGAAAGAAUCAAAAUCAUGUUCCAAAAAUUCAAUACUUUCUUCCGUAGAUGAAAACGAAACAAAAUGGAGAUGUGAAUGCAAACCGGGAUUUCUUCGUGAUGUAAAAAAUAAUUCUUGCCAUGAAGCAUAUAGACAAGGUCCUUGUCCUCCAGAACAUUUCUUUAUCCUUCCUCCGGGAGAGAAAGAAGCGAGAUGUGAAAAGAAUCCCUGUCUUGAAGAUUCUCUUGUUCCUUUUGAAGAGGGCUGUUAUACUCUUUUUAACUUUGGAUCACCUUGUUCUAGUUCUUAUUAUUAUUUGGGUAUUGAUGAAAAUAAUUUUCAAUUAAAAUGUAUUUAUUCAAGUCGUUAUCAUUCUGGAGGUCACCAUGCUGGCGGUAUCAUUACUGCACCUCUCAAAUCUUGUCCUCCAGGAAGUCGACGUGUAAUACAUGGUUGUAAACACGUUUUUCAAUAAAAAAAAAAACUAGUCACGUUUUAAAUUUUUAUUGUCUGUUCAUAAAAUCUCAAUUCACUGCAAACAAUAAUUUCACACAAGCAGGAAUAAUGAGAUUAGUGAUUACAUUGUGUGUGCUUCAACUAGCCGCAGAUAUGAAAAUGUAUCAAGAAACGGCUGACGGGGAAUUGUUCUAAAUAUCCUACAGAUUCCAAAUUUUUAAGAUUUGAAAUCCUAGCUGCUCCCCUUUCUGAGAUUAUAAUGUGAAAGCUAAAUAUUUGCCAUGAAAAGGCGAAAGAAGCAACCAACUCAAAAAAAUUACGAAAUAAGACGCAUCAGCUCGUAUUAUAGACAGAAUAUACGAAACGCAAACAGUGAUAACAUUCGUAUAACCUCAAAUUUUCUGCCAAUUUUCAGGUUUUUUUCUGCGUGUCAAUUACUGUAUUAAAAAUAAUGCAUUUAGAGGUUAGAAUGCCCGUAGUAAAUGAAGCUAGUAAAAAACGAAAAAUAUUUCAAUUACCGCGGCAGAUAAAAUUUCUUCUUAAAUAAUUAAAUUAUAAUAAUUGUUUAAUCGUGUAUCGUAAAUAUAUAAUUGCAUUAAAGAAGUCCGAAAUAACGUAUCCCAAUCAUUUUGAAACAUUUAUAUCAACUUAAAUUAUAAACAAUUAAUUAUUAUUUUUUAAAACCCGCAGUCAUUUUUUUCAAAAUAUAAAAAUUUGAGGUUAUAAAAAUGUAAACAAAAGCGACGAAACUUUGGCUUGAACUACUAUAACCGAUAAAACUAUUAAAAAUUCUUUGACAAACUUAAUUCAUAUUAACAAUAAGCAUUAUUCAAUUAAAAAAUGUUAAAUAUUAUUGUAAUUAUACAUAUCUUUUAUUGGAUAAAAUAAUAAGUGUUGCAGCUUAAUUUAAUGCCUUUUAAUUUUCUGUGUUGUCCUCACUCGCCAAAGUUCCCACUCGCCAUUUGUCAUAUAAUGCUCGUCAACUACCGUACCC